AUGAAGAAGUUCUACACGGCCUCAAAAUCCACCUUCGAGGUUGGCGGGCGGGAGUUUCCUCGUAUAUCAUGGUGGAAGGAGCCAGGAAUGAGAGGCUUAUACGUCGCCUUGAUGUUUGCAGUCCUCACUUCCGCCACCAAUGGUUAUGAUGGAUCCAUGAUGAACGGCCUCCAGGCUUUGCCACAAUGGACAGAGUCUUUCAAUGAUCCCAGUGCUGGUACUCGAGGACUGCUGAAUGCCAUUAUGUCUGUCGGCUCGAUAGUCGCUCUCCCGGUCACUCCUUAUAUUGCCGAUAUUUUAGGUCGGCGUGCCGGAGUGGUUAUUGGUUGUCUCAUUAUGAUCGUCGGUGUGAUUUUACAGUCUAUUGGAUACAACAUCCAAAUGUUUAUUGCCGCAAGAUUCUUAAUCGGUUUCGGUGUUGCCAUCGCCCACGGCGCGGCGCCUUUGCUCAUUACAGAGCUUGUCCACCCUCAACAUCGUGCUAUCUUCACCACCGUCUACAAUAGUACCUGGUAUUUCGGUAGCAUCGUGGCUGCUUGGCUGACCUACGGCACCUUCCAAAUCCAGUCCUCUUGGGCAUGGAGAAUUCCAUCCAUGGUUCAGGCCGCUCCCUCUGUUAUUCAAUUGAUUGCUAUCUGGCUUGUUCCAGAAUCCCCACGUUUUCUCAUCGCUAAGGGCAAAAGCGAGAAGGCUCUAAAAAUUCUUGCCAACUGCCACGCCAGAGGGAACGUCGAUGAUGAGCUCGUCCAAAUCGAAUUCCGAGAGAUUCACGAAACGAUCAAACUCGAACAAGAGUUUGAGAGUAAUGGAUGGCCAGAACUCUUCAAAACUCCUGGAAAUCGCCGCCGCCUUAUCAUCCUCGUCAGCCUUGGGUUCUUUUCCCAGUGGUCAGGUAACGGACUCGUCUCGUACUACAUGAGCGAUGUUCUCGAGAGGGCGGGUGUAUUAGAUCAGAAACUCCGAUUGGAAAUCAACGGUAUCCUUAACAUCAUCAACUUCGUCACCGCCCUCACAAUGUGCUUCUUCAUUGAUAAAUUUGGACGUCGUCCUUUGUUUUUGUUCGCCACAGGAGGAAUGCUCGGCUCGUUCUGCGCCUGGACUGUCUGCGCCGCUCAGUUCGUCAAGACGGGCGUUACUUCUGCUGGUUAUGCCGAGAUCUUUUUUAUCUUUUUGUACUACGUUUUCUACAAUUCUGCCUGGUCUGGACUUCUUGUCGGAUACGCUGUUGAGAUCUUGCCAUACAGAUUGCGUGCCAAGGGUCUUACAGUCAUGUUCUUGGCCGUCGAUCUUGCGCUCUUCUUCAAUACCUACGUCAAUCCCGUUGCUCUUGACCACCUUGACUGGAAGUAUUACAUCGUCUACGACUGCUGGUUGUUCGUCGAGCUUUGUGUCGUGUACUUCUUCUACAUCGAGACCAGCAACACGCCCCUCGAGGAAAUUGUCAAGUAUUUCGAUGGCGAGACUGCCGUCUUGGGUGGAGAUAUGGCUACGGAAAAGUCUCGCCAGUUUUUGGUCGAGGAUGGUACGAAUACUCAGAAAGUUGUUCCUGGGACGGAGGCACAUGGGGUCUCGCCAAGUCCAGAGAUCCCGUCUAGCCAUGGGGAGAAGACUGCGAUAUAA